AUCGAAUCUUAUACAUUUUUUUUUAGCAACUAUAUCGAAGUUUAUACAUGGAUGGAAGAUAUUUAAAAGAGAAGAACAAAUUCGGCCUGCAUCAAACGGCCCAGAAGGCCAGAAAGGGAAAGACGGCCCAUUCCGGAAGGUAGAGACAUUCCCUGUCCGAGCUCCGAGGCUGACGACCACCCUAGACAAGCAGCGACGGCGGCGGCGGCGGCCGAAUUCCGGGACUCAUUCCGUGCCGCGCGUGCUACGCCAGAUGGAGCCUACGGCCGACGACGCCAGUGAACCCAUCGUCGCCAGCGGAGACACGGAGUCCCAGGAACCUCCCAAGACGCUGGUGGACUGGGCGCUGGAGAUCCUCUCCACGGCCGACCCGGACGAGAAGGCCCGCCUCGGGGACCUUGCCGCGUCGCGGUGGCUGCGCGGCGACAUCCCGCUCCCCUACGACCCGUCCCGCCCCGCGCGCCCGCCGCCCGACCGCCCCGCCCGGAGCGCCGACGUGCGGCUGCUCCCGCCGUCGCGGAUGCACAAGCUGGGCAAGGGCGGCAGCGCGCAGAGCCGGCUGGCGAUGCUCCACUCGCUGGCGCACACCGAGAGCUGGGCCGUCGACCUCUCCUGGGACAUCGUCGCCCGGUUCGGCGCGGGGAUGCGGAUGCCCCGCGGCUUCUUCGACGACUUCGCGCGCGUCGCGCAGGACGAGGGGAGGCACUACACGGUGCUCUCGGCGCGGCUCAGGGAGCUCGGGUCGCACUACGGCGCCCUCCCGGCGCACGACGGGCUAUGGGACUCGGCGAUGCGCACCUCGCAUAGCCUCCUCGCGCGCCUCGCCGUCGAGCACUGCGUCCACGAGGCUAGGGGAUUAGAUGUCCUUCCAACAACCAUAUCAAGAUUCCGAGCAGGUGGGGAUGAACAAACAGCAAGACUACUAGAAGAUAUUAUUUAUCCUGAAGAGGUAACACAUUGUGCGGCUGGUGUUAGAUGGUUCAGAUACCUGUGCCUUAGGUCAGAUGGUAAUCACCCAACCUCAUAUCCGGUUCCUGGGGAUGGUACUGCUGAUGGUAAGACAGCUCGGGAGGCUGAAGAUGAACCUACACCCAUACUGUCGAAAGACGUUAGCAGUGAUGACAAGAUGGUCCAGCAGGUGGAAGAUGAUCUGCCAUCCAGAAUUGCAGAAGAUGCUAAUGGUCAAGUUAAGGCGACCGAACAUGUCGAGGAUGGAUUGGCCAAGUGCAAACUGGAUGAAAAUAUUGACAAAGACGAAGAGGCAGUCAUUAGGAUUUUCCACGGGGUUGUAAGAGAAUAUUUCCGCGGACCCCUGAAGCCUCCCUUCAAUACGGAGGCGAGGAAAGCUGCUGGCUUUGAGCCUGCCUGGUAUGAACCCCUGGCAGUGAAGGAGGCAUGUAUAGAGGGAGAGAUAAUCGAGUGAUGAAUUGCACUGUUGUUGUACUAGUAUCUGUGUUAUAUAGCAGGCUAGAAGGCAUAUUUGAAUAUUUGAUGAGGCUAGCGUUCCACUUCCAUUUGUUUAGCAGGUAGGCAGUGCUGAGCCUUUUUUAUCAUGUUUGUUCGCUAUGGAGAAGCAUGGACCUGAUGACCUAUCUGAGUAUCGCUUAUUCUGCAAACUUUAUUUGGUUCAAGGAACUUUCUGUCCAGUUCUUUCGGUCUGACUCCGCAUCAGGCAAAUUUGCUUA